AUGAUUUCCAAAUUUUGUAAUGAGGAAAGCGAAUACUUAGGUAAAGGUAGUGGAUGGACACUUAGAUCAGUAGACGGAAUUCUCUUGCGGUUUAGUAGAUACAGACCGUUAGGAGGCUCUUCGUAUAUUGUUCUUCCAAAAACUAUUAAAGACAAAAAAGCUAUUAUUAAUCCGAAAAAUAUUAAUGACAACAAAUGUUUUCAAUGGUCAAUUUUAGCUCGGUACAUACAAGGUGACCAUAAAGACCGCAUUGAUGAAAGGUACACAUCUAUUAUUAAUAAAUUUAAUUUUAAUGAUUUAGAUUUUCCAUGUCCUUUGAGACAGAUUAAAAAGUUUGAGAAGAAUAACAUAGGAAUUAGUAUAAAUGUUUACGGUAUUAAUAACAAUUUAGAAAUUUAUCCGCUUAAAGUUUGUGAAACGGAGUCUGAAAAUCAUUUCGAUUUGUUGUUGAUAUCAAAUAAUCAGGGGAAUAACCAUUACUGUUAUAUUAAAGAUUUUUCAAGAUUAGUUCGAUCGCAAAUUUCUAAAUCGACAAAAAAAAUGGUAUUCUGUAAACGUUGUUUUACCCAUUAUUGUGGAAAUGAUAAGGUUAACAGAUUAAAAGUUCAUAUAAAAGAUUGUAAAAUUAAUAAACCGUUAAAUGCAAAAAUGCCUUUUGUUGACAAUGAAGAUAAUCCUUCAAUUUUAAAAUUUCAAAAUUUUCACUUUAAAUACAAAGUUCCUGUUGUUGCAUAUUGCGACUUUGAAUGUAUUUUAAAAAAAGUUAAUGAACAACAGUCGCAAUAUACAUUAGUCAAUGAAAUUCAUAAACCUAUGAGUUUUUGUGUCUAUUUAGUUGUAGACAUAGAUUUACCAGAACCGAUAUCGUCUCAGUUGCCAAAUGAUCCUUAUCUUUAUAGAGGACCAGACGCUGCUUUAAAAUUUAUGGAUUAUCUCAUAUCAAUUGCAAACCUAAUUGCUGAUUUAAUUGAUGUUAAUAAUCCAAUGAUAUCGCUUACAAUUGAUGAACUCAAUCGAAUUCAAUCAAUUACUCACUGUGAAUUAUGUAAUUUAGAAUUUUCAAUGUUAGAUAAACCUGUUAGAGACCACUGUCAUUUUACUGGUCGUUUUAGAAACAUUGUUUGUAGUAAAUGUAAUCUGAAAAGAAAAAGUCAAACUUUUUUACCUGUAUUUUUACAUGGAAGUUCCAAUUACGAUACACAUUUUAUUGUAAAGCAAUUAGGUUGUGAUCGACAAAAAAUUAGUGUUAUUCCAAAUUCUUCUGAAAAAUAUGUUACUUUUUCCAAAUCAACUAUUGGUAAAAUUAAAUUACGUUUUUUAGAUAGUUUUCGAUUUUUAAAUACCAGUUUAUCACAAUUAGCAAAAAAUUUACCUAAAGAUCACUUUUACCAUACUCAAUUGUUUUUUAAUCAUGAUGAUAUGCCUCUUGUUACUAGAAAAGGGGUAUAUCCUUAUGAUUACACUGAUUCAUGGACUAAAUUAGAAGAAACACAAUUGCCACCAAAAGAAUGUUUUUUCAAUAAAAUAACAGAAGAACAUAUUUCAGAUGAAGAGUUUGAUCAUGCCAAAGAAGUUUGGUCAAAAUUUAAUUGUACAACAUUAGGCGACUAUUCAGAUAUAUAUUUAAGUACAGAUGUACUUUUAUUAGCAGAUGUUUUAAAAAAUUUUAGAACCAUAUGCUGUAAUAAUUACGAUUUAGAUCCUGCUAAUUACUUAACGCUUCCCAGUUUAACAUUCGACGCAAUGUUAAAAUUUACAAAAGUUGAAUUACAAUUGCUUCCUACUUAUGAUAUGUAUAUGUUUAUUGAGAAAGGUAUACGAGGUGGAAUAACGAGUUUUGUGAAAAGAUAUGCUAAAGCAAAUAACAAAUAUUUAAAUGAUAUUCUCUAUGAUGUUAAUACACCUUCUAGUUAUUUAACAUACAUUGAUGCAAAUAACUUAUAUGGUUGGGCUAUGAUUAGACAUAUUCCAAAAGACGGAUUUCAAUGGUUAACAACGGAAGAGAUCAUUCAAUUUGAUGUGCAAUCAGUUUCAGACGAUAGCCCAGUAGGUUAUAUUGUUGAGUGCAGUAUCGGUUACCCUUCUUAUUUGCACGAAGAACAUAAUGAUUUACCGUUUUUACCAGAAAAAAAAACCACCUCCAAAAUCUAAACAACCUAAAUUAUUGUCAACGCUUUUAGAUAAAGAUUACUAUGUUUGCCAUUAUAUUAAUUUGAAACAAGCAAUAGAAAACGGAUUAGUAUUAAAACGAAUACACAGAGUUUUAAAAUUCAAUCAAAGUGAAUGGUUAAAACCAUACAUAAUGUUUAAUACUGACAAAAGAAAACAGAGUAAAAAUGAAUUUGAAAAAGACUUUUAUAAAUUACUCAAUAACGCUAUGUUUGGAAAAUCUAUUGAAAAUGUACGUGAUAGAUUAAAUCUAGAAUUAGUGAAUAACGAAAAAAGACUAACAAAACUGAUAUCCAAACCGAGUUUUAAGAACCGAAUAAUCUAUUCUGAAAAUUUAAGUGCUGUAGAAUGUGCUAAAGAUACUGUAUUGUUUAAUAAACCCAUUUAUAUAGGUUUCACUGUGUUAGAGUUAAGCAAAUAUCACAUGUAUAAUUUUCAUUAUAAUAUAAUGAAACCUUUUUAUCCUAAUAAAAUUAAUUUACUCUAUAUAGAUACUGAUUCUUUUUUUUACGAAAUUUUUACUACUGAUUUUUAUGAAGAUUUGACUAAUUUAGAAAUUAAAAAUUAUUUUGAUAUGUCAGACUAUCCAAAAGAACAUAAAUGUUUUUUUGAACACAACAAGAAAAAAUUAGGUUGUUUUAAAGACGAGUGCAUGAGUGUUCCAAUAGUUGAAUUCGUAGGAUUAAGAAGCAAAUUGUACACGUAUAGAACGAUGAACGAUAAUUAUUUAGAAAAUUGUAAAAAAUUGAAUUUAAAAAAAGCGAAAGGUGUAACUAAAUCAGUAGUAAAAAAACAUAUUAAUUUCUACGACUACAAAAAUUGUUUAUUUAUGUCUUGUAAUUUAAGAAAAAAAAAUUAGAAUAUUUCAAUCAAGAAAACAUAUUUUAAGAACAAUUACAAUAAACAAAAUAGCGUUAAAUGGAAAUGAUGACAAAAGAUUUAUAUCAGACGACUGUAUUCACACAUUAGCGUAUGGCCAUAAAUUAUUAAAGUUAAAAAAAAGUUGUUAACAAUUGUUUUCUUGUUCAUUAUUGUAUGUAUAUAUAUAUAUGAGUUGGUCAGUUCCUAAAUGAGUCUUGUCCACUUUCCAAAACUUUCGGUAAACAAAAUAAAACGUUUUUUAAAAUUAAUUC